CCAAUCCAUUCUAUGGUUAGUAUCUAUUCUUCCGGGCGUUCUGAUAAAGUUCUAACAACAAAAGCUACAGAAUUUCCAAUUAAUGAAGCUCCAUUUGUUGAUUAUGUCCCAGAGUCAAAACUCCAUUCUGGAAUCAAACAUAUACCUCUAAAUUUGGAAAAGAAGUAUAUAGGGUAUUAUGAACAAUUACCCUCAGCACCAACAAAAACUUCAAAUCCAGAACCUGAACAACCAUUUAUUGGCCAUAUUUAUUCUUUACAACGAAAUGAGGUGGAAGAUAUGCCAAUGGAAGUUGAAAACAAGCAUAUUGGGUUCUACGAGCAUCUUCCGUCUUUAACUGUCAAAGAAGAAAAGAAGCCUGGAGCUCUAGAAAAACUAACAAAACUGUUCAAAGGUGGCAAAACAGUUGGAGAAUAUCCUUAUGAUUCAGAGCCAUUUUUUGGCCCUAUUGCUAGUACAAGUACAAUUCCUGAAGCUAGAAAAGAGCCUAUCAAUUCAUUUGUCAGUAUUUAUUCUUCCGGACGUUCUGAUGAACUUCUAUCAGCUAAAUCAACAGAAUAUCCCAAAAUAGAAGCUCCAUUUAUUGGAAAUAUCCCAGAGACGAAACCUGGGGGCGAAUUUGAUUCAUUACCAAUUGAAAUUGACAAGAAGCAUAUCGGGUUCUAUGAAAAAUCGCCUCCACCAUUAAAAAAGGAAGAAACUAAAUAUCCCAAAAUGGAAGUCAUAGAGGAUUAUUCGGAGCCAUUUACUGGUACAUUUUCUGAAAUUACCCGACACUUAGAAUUGACUGAAGCACCGAUAGAUAAUCAAGUUUCUGUUUACUCUUCUGGUCGUUCUGAUGAAAUUCCAACAAAAAUUAUAAAAAUAUCAGAAUUUCCAAUUAAUGAAGAUCCAUUUAUUGGGAAUAUUUAUGAAGCAAAUAGACUUGAAGAAAUUAAAGAAGUUCCAUUGGAGGUUGAAAGAAAACAUGUGGGUUAUUAUGAACAUCUGCCUCUUUCAACGUGCGAAGAAGAGAAGAAGCCCGGAGCACUGGCUAAGUUGACACACUUUUUCAAGAGUGGAGAGUCAAAAGAUGUUUAUCCCCAUAUUACCGAUCCAUAUUCUGGACAUGUGUUUGAAUCUAUUCAUUCUGACGAAUUGACUGAAUCACCUUUAGAGCACCAUGCUAAUGUUUAUUCUUCCGGGGAAACUUCAAAAGCACCAGAAAUAUCAAAAACAACAGAAUAUCCAAUAAACGAAGAGCCAUAUUUUGGUUACAUUCCGGAUUCAAGACGUCAAAAUGAAUUGAAUGAAGUCCCCUUGGAACUGGAGAAAAGACAUAUUGGGUACUAUGAACAUUUACCUUCUACAGCUACAGAUGAGGGUGAAAAGAAACAUGGAGGAGCAUUAGAAAAAUUGACUCAAAUAUUUAAAGGAAGCAGAAUUUCAGAAGAUUUUCCUUUUGAUAAAGAAGCUUAUACUGGACAUGUUUCAAUGACUGGUACAGCAAAUGAAGCAACAAAUGUGCCAAUUCAUUCUUUGGUUAAUAUUUACUCUUCUGGACUUUCUGACGAACAUUUAACAACAAAAAUGUCAGAAUUCCCUAAAAUUGAAGCACCAUUUGUUGGAUACAUUUCUGAAACAAAACGACAAUCUGACUUAAAUCCAUCUACUUUUGAUGUGGAAAUGAAGAAUAUUGGUUACUACGAACAUUUGCCUACUUCAUUAAUUGAAGAGAACAAGCAUGGAAAACUAGAAAAACUUACUCAAUUCUUCAAAGGAACCAAAAACUUUGGAGAUUUUCCUUUGGAUUCAGAGCCAUAUGUAGGCCCGAUUGCUAGUACAAGCACAAUGCCUGAAUCUAAAACGGAGCCAAUAAAUUCUCUCGUCAAUGUUUAUUCUUCUGGACCUUCUGAUGAACUCCCUUCAGCAAUCCCCCCAGAGAUUAUAAAGCAAACAGAAAUCGAAACUCAAUUCGCUACUAAAGUCCAAGCUGAAUUAGAAGGCAUACCUUUAGACAUUGAAAAAAAGCAUGUUGGCUAUUAUGAUCAACUUUCCCUAGCAUCAAGUAUGGAUGAAAAAAAGAAGCCUGGAAGAUUAGAAAAAUUGACAAAACUCUUCAAAAGAAGCAAAAAUGAAGGAGAGUUUCCUUUUGAUUCUGAACCUUUUGCUGGAGAAAUUAAAGGCACACAAAAAAUGUCUGAAAUGGCAACAGAGCCAAUCCAUUCAUUAGUUAGUAUCUACUCUUCCGGAAGGUCUGAUGAAGUUCGAGCAACAAAAAUAACUGAAUUCCCCAUUAAUGAAGCUCCAUUUGUUGGAAAUGUUCAUGAAGUUCAUGAAACUUCACCAAUUGAAGUUGAAGCGCAGCAUGUAGGGUAUUACGAACAGCUUCCCUUAACAUCAACAAAAACCUCAGAAUAUCCAAAACUUGAAGAAUCAUUUAUUGGUCAUGUUCAUGAGAAUAGACUUCAGUCUGAAUUGGCUGCAUUACCUCUUAAUGUGGAAAAGAAGCAUUUAGGCUAUUAUGAAUCACUAACAGAAACAUCAAAAUAUCCAAAAAUCGAACAACCGUUUAUUGGCCAUAUUUAUUCUUUGCAACAAAAUGAAGUUGAAAGUGUGCCAAUAGAAGUCGAACAUAAACAUAUUGGAUAUUACGACCAUUUACCUUCAACUAAGGGUGAAGAAAAGAAACCGGGAACUUUAGAAAAACUGACUAAACUCUUCAAAGGAAGUAAGACGGAGGGAGAAUUCCCCGUUGAUUCAGAACCUUUUAAUGGAUAUAUUGCAAGUACUAGUUGUUUACUCUUCUGGAAGGUCUGA